UCUAUUUAUUCACUUUCUUUCGUCCUUCUCGUCUCGUCUCGUCUCAAAUCCAAUCACUUCACUUUGCUUUGGUUUUGAUUCGUUUUUUUCCUGUGCUGUUCGACCGCCAUGUCCGCCAUCCCCGGCCUUGUGACGAUUAGUCGUGAUCGUGUUCAAGCGCUCUUGAACACAUACAUCCAGUAUGACGGCGCCUUCCUUGUUCGACCCAGCCAGAGCAAUCCUGGAGCAUACUCGAUCGGUGUCAUCUCGAAGGGCGCCAUCAAGCACUUUAAGAUUCAUGUUGACGAUUCCAACCAAGUGUACAUUGCCAAGAAAAAGUUUUCGUCCGUGUCCGAGCUCGUGAUUCACUACAUGCAGCACCCCAUUCGCACAAACAAGUCGGACGACCCCGUCAUUCUGAGGCUGCCAAUCUCGACCGAUCACGCGAGCGCCAACCGCAACGCCCUGCUUGUCCAGCAAACCACUGCGGCCCGAGAGCGCCCGAUUGCCGCCGAACCACAACACAUCAACAAGCCACCACCCGUCCCACCGCCGGUGCACCGACCCGCUUCGAGCAAACCACCACCCAUCCCACCGCCGGUGCACCGACCCUCUUCGAGCAGUUCGAACGAUGGCGGCACGAUGCGCCUCUCUGGCGGCAUUGCACCCCCCAGGACCCCUCUGGAACAGCCUCAGCAAACCACAACCGCUCCGCCAAUCAUUCCGCGAGUGUCGUUGCAAGUUCUGUCGCAAGCAACAGCGCAGUUUUCAGAGGCCAAGCGCAUUGGUGGAGGAGGAUUUGGCAGCGUCUACUCUGGCGUCUGGAAUCGGCAUCAAGUUGCAGUCAAACGCAUGGCAGCAGAUUCGAUGCAAGGCGUCGCUCAGUUCGAGGCCGAGCUCAACGCCCUCUCUCGUUUCCGUCACCCGAAUAUCGUCACCAUCAUGUGCUAUGCCCAGGAAGGCAACGAGCGUUGCUUGGUGUACGAGCUGAUGGCCAACGGUUCUGUUCGCGACCGUCUCGAUCGCAAGGAGGGAACGCUCGCAUUGAGUUGGCAGCAACGCCGAACCAUUGCGACCGAUAUUGCAAACGCCAUGCACUUUGUCCAGACUGCGAUUCCGCGGCAGCCGCUGUUCCACUUGGACCUCAAGACGGAUAAUGUGCUGCUGGAUGCUGAUUUUCAUGCCAAAGUCGCGGAUUUUGGGCUGACGCGCUCUGUGCCAGCUCAAGUGGAUGCGCACAGCUACAUUCGUACGCAGACCGUUCAAGGAACCCUUCAAUACAUCUGCCCACAGUAUCGCGACGAAGGCAAGGUCUCCAUCAAAACGGAUGUCUACUCGUAUGGCAUGAUUCUGCUUGAGCUCGUUACUGGACAGCAGCCCAGCAUUGACUUGAUGGCCAGCGUUCGACACCAGCUCAAAAGAAAUCGUAAAAUCGAUGCGGUGCUUGACAAGGCGAUCGACUGGAGCAUUCCAGAUAAGGAAGCGGCUCAAGCCCUGGCGGAGCUUGCGGAAGAUUGCCUCGAGCAAGCACGAGUCUAUCGACCGUCGUUCGAAGAUAUCCUGCACCGAUUGUCGGGGGGCGGAGCUGGAGCAAACGAGGAGGAGGCUGAGGAGGCUGUCGCCGGCAGCCAACGUGAGUGCUUGGUCUGUUUCAGCGCCCCGACGAAUGCCCAAUUGAUGCCAUGCUACCACGCAUGUGUCUGCGUUGCGUGUGCUCAAUGGAUGAUACAGCGUCAAGACAAGUGCAUGAUUUGCCGAGUCCUUUCGACCUCGUAUCGAGAAGGCACAUUUACUGAGACUUUUGUUCGCUGAGUUGCUCUGUCGGAUGACACUGCGAGAGUACGGCGACUCGAGCCUUCAAUAUUAAUAAAACAUCGACGGCUCCCGG